AUGAGAGGGCAGCAGCAGCAGCAUAUGGGGCAGGUCGAGCAGCACAACAUGAGGCGACAGCAGCAGCAGCAGCAGCAGCGUCAGCAGCAGACGAAACAGCAGCAGCAGCAGACGAAGCAGCAGCAGCAGCAGACGGCGCAGCAGCAGUAUUUUGUGAGGCAUUUGAAGCCUCAUCAAUUCUCUUGCUGCUGCAAUGCUGUACGUACACCCCAACUGUCGCCAGCAGCAAAUGCAGCGUUGAAGGAGCGAACACCUGCUGCUGCUGCUGCUGCUGCUUUUGUUGCUGUUCCUGCUGCUGCUGCUGCUGCUGCUGCAUCUGGGGUCCACCGUGCCACUGGAAGAAACCCUUUAGCAGCAGCAGCAGACGCUUCGGCAGCAGCAGCAGCACCAGAUGAGAGAGCAGCAGCAGCAGCAUAUGAGGCAGGUCCAGCAGCACAACAUGAAGCGACAACAGCAGCAGCAGCAGCGUCAGCAGCAGACGAAACAGCAGCAGCAGCAGACGAAACAGCAGCAGCAGCAGACGAAGCAGCAGCAGCAGCAGCAGAUGGGGUGGAAACCCCAGUAGCAGCGUCAGAGUCAGCAGCAGGCUGUAUGGAUGCUGCUGCUAGAGCAGAAGCAGAGGAAGCAGCCGAAGCAGCAGCAGCAGCAGCAGCAGCAAGAGCAGCAGCAGAAGCAGCAGCAGCAGCAGGUGCUGAUGGCCGCGCAAACCACAUAUUGUUUGACUCAGAGCCAUUCAAGAAAAUGCAGCUCCUUAGAGAAAAAAUAUAUGAACUGCAAAUUGCAGAAACAAACACUGUGACAGCUGCGAGUUUGCAUUCAAUAAGGGAUUUGUUAUUGGAGGGCCGUUUGCUGGAGGAUGUCCUCAAGCUGAUGCGCAACGCCUUAGACAAAAAAAUAAAACAAAAGCUUCCUGCUGCUGCUGCUGCUGCUGCUUCUGCUGCUGCUGCUGCUGCUGCUGCUGGUGGUGUUGGUGGUGCUGGUGCUGGUGAUGCGGGUGCUUUGGGCGCUUCGCGCUUCGCAGGGGGGUGGAGGGGAUACCCCGGUGCAGCAGCAGCAGCAGCAGCAGCGCAGCAGCAGCAGCAGAAGCAGCAGGAGCAGCAGGAGCAGCAGCAACGAGAAGAAGAGGCCUCACGCUCUGCUGCUGCUGAGCUGCAGCAGCUCGAUCGGCUCGAAUUAGGAAAGCCUCAACACCUAGACGACCUGCUGGACCGUCUUUCUUCUUUGCGUGGUUUGGACGAACACUUCGUUUUCUUUAUCAACCAAAAAAUCAGAGAAGCCCUCAACUCAAAACCCCCCAAAACCCUCGCAGCCACGGCUCUGCGCGUCCUCAGACAGAGGGUCACCGCCCGCCUGCGACUGGACGCUGCGGGAAAGUCGAAUUUUGUGGGUAUCCUGGCGAAGGCAUUUCAAGACCCCAACUGCGACCUGCAUGCUCUCGCUAACACCGCACUACACACCACAGAAGAAAUCGAAGACUUCUGCGAGUGGCUGCAGAGCGGAAUUUCCUUUGGCAUGGAGACGAAACGGCUCUCGGAUAAGCAGUUGAUUGUGAUGAGGCAGCUGCUAGCUGCUACUGCAGCUCUUCACCCUGCGGAAAACCAAUUUCUAGAUAGGUGGAGCGAAGGAGUGACUUUCAAACCCAACGCAGAGAUACAGCGCAUGUGGGAUGAGAUACCUGAACCGCCAAAGCCACAGCAGCAGCAACAGCAGCAACAGCAGCACCAGCAACAGCAGGAGCGGCAGCAGGGAUGGGGGGAUCAGCAGGAACAAGACUAG